UUAUGAUCUUGUUACUAUUAGUUGGGAUAGUUUAAUGUGUGUAAUUCGGUUAUGAAGUUGAAAGAGGAUAAUAAAUAUGUUUUGAAGAUUAUUUUUCUUAAGAUGAUGUAUUCGAUUUAAGAGUUAGAGCUAAUUCUUCAAAUUAUAGUGUAAAAUUAGAAGAAUCUGAAAAUAAGAAAUAUGUUCUCUUAUAUGAAAGAAGUGGAUCUUGGGAACACAAUUAUUAGCAUUAAUCAAAUCAUAGAGCUUCUCAUAUGAGAUAUUGCUUCAUAAAUUUGGAAAAUGAUAAUAUUGUAUUUAAUAUCACAUACAAAACAGGAUCUGAAUUAGCAGACAUGUAAAAAGUAGCAAAAAUAUCAGAUUUAAAUUAAAUGGGUGAUUAUAUGAAAAAAUUAAAUAGUUUACUUGAUGAUAUCAAAAGAGAAAGAUCAUUCCUUAUUUCAAAAUAUGAUUUUAUGUCUAAAAUGUAAGGAUCUAUUUCAAAGAAAUAAAUAGUUUUUGGUCUAUUAUGUUUAGGAUUAUCAUUAAUAAUUACAGCUAUCACUGUGAAUUUGAUAAAAAGAAUUUUAUAACAAAAAAAGUCAUAAUGA